UGAGAUUCUUCAAGAAAUAUUUCUCAUAUGUUAUGAGUACUUUGAUACCUUUCAAACUUGAAAAAUAUUUUAAAUCAUGCCUACAAUUUCAUGCCUAAUGGCAAAGCUGUGAUACCAAUAAAAAUCAAAGAAAGGGUGGUAUUUUGAAGUUUAUGAUUGUUCAUAUGGCAGUUACCAGUAGCCCUGCAGCUAAACCAUACCCCUUUAUGGUUCCAUGCCACAUAUAAAUACUAAUCAUGACACAUCACUUUGAUGGAAGGUUAGGUAGUAAUCACAGUGAAAUAUUUAAAAUCGGAGGGCAAAUUUCAGUUUUACUUUAAUACAAUAUAUUUCUUGUAGUUGAUAUGUCUAAAUUUCCAUGGGACAUUUGCACUCACAUAUUCUCACUCUCACCCCCUUUUAGAUUAGAUACACAACACCCUGAAAAAAUGGAUGUCAGCAGAUCUGAGGAGGAGUUCCGUGCUGUAAACCAUGCAGAGAAAACUCUCCAUAAAAUAGAGGACUACUGGAAAGAGAAAAGACUGUGUGAUGUGAUACUCGUUGCUGGAAACAUGCGAAUCCCAGCCCAUCGGUUGGUUCUCAGUGCUAUGUCAGAUUAUUUUGCUGUGAUGUUUACUACCAACAUGUGUGAAGCCACACAAGAAGAGGUCAAGAUGGAAGGAAUUGAUCCUAAUGCACUUAACUCCUUGGUUCAGUAUGCUUACACAGGUGUUCUGCGAUUGACAGAAGAUACUACUGAAAAUUUGCUGGGUGCAGCUUGUCUUCUGCAGCUGACUCAAGUCAUUGAAGUCUGCUCCAAGUUUCUUAUAAAGCAGCUCCAUCCUUCAAACUGCUUAGGGAUUCUGUCAUUUGGAGAUGCCCAUGGCUGCACAGUGCUCCUGAGAGUGGCACAUAAGUACACAAUGGAACACUUCAUCGAGGUAAUAAAGAACGAAGAAUUCCUCCUGCUUCCAGCUAAUGAGCUCUGCAAACUUCUGUGCAGUGAUGACGUUAAUGUGCCUGAUGAAGAAACCAUUUUCAAUGCUGUCAUGCAGUGGGUGGAUUAUGAUGUGCAGGCGAGGCAGCAAGACCUGGCAAUGCUGCUUUCUUACAUAAGACUGCCCUUGCUUCCACCACAGUUACUGGCGGAUCUUGAAGACAGACCCAUGUUCACUGCUGAUCUAGAGUGCCAAAAACUCCUGAUAGAAGCUAUGAAGUAUCAUCUCUUACCUGAAAGAAGACACAUGCUGCAAAGCCCUCGGACCAAGCCUAGAAAAUCUACUGUGGGGGCGCUUUAUGCUGUGGGAGGCAUGGAUGCUAUGAGAGGUACCCCUACAAUUGAAAUAUAUGACAUCAGGACCAAUACCUGGCAACAUUGUAGCACCAUGAGUGACCUUAGGCUUCAGUUUGGGGUUGCAGUUAUUGAUAAUAAGCUCUAUGUCCUUGGAGGAGUAGAUGAUUUUGAAACUUUAAAUACUGUGGAAUGUUUUGAUCCAGCUACCAAAAUCUGGACUGUGAUGCCUCCCAUGUCAACACCGAGGCAUGGCUUAGGUGUUGCCACGCUUGAAGGACCAAUGUAUGCUGUUGGUGGUCAUGAUGGGUCGAGUAUUCUAAAUACUGUAGAAAGAUGGGACCCGGAGGGACGUCAGUGGACUUAUGUGGCCAGUAUGUCAACUCCUAGAGGCAGAGUUGGCGUUGUUGCAUUAAAUGGCAAGAUAUAUGCUAUUGGUGGACAUGAUGGACGUUCCUGCCUCACAUCAAUGGAAUGCUUUGAUCCACACGCUAACAAAUGGAGGCCGUGUGCUUCUAUGUCUAAUAAAUGUGGACAUGUGGGAGCUGCAACAUACAGUGGAUUGUUAUAUGUUGUUGGAGGUCAUGAUUCCUCUGCUUAUAACCAAUGCACCAGCUUUUCUAACUGUGUGGAACGGUACAAUCCAAAAACUGAUUCGUGGUCAGCUGUGGCGCCUCUGAGGGUUCCUCGAUAUGCUAUUGCUAUAUGCCCCCUUGGAGACAGGCUCUAUGUGGUUGGAGGAUAUGAUGGACAAACUUAUUUGAAUACUGUUGAGUCAUAUGAUGCCCAGAAAGAUGAAUGGAGAGAGGAAGCUCCUGUCAACAUUGGAAGAGUGGGUGCAUGUGUGGUGGUGAUGAAGGUACCAUAACACCAUCUAUAUCAAAGGGAAAGUGGAUACUUUCAAAAAUGGAAUAGGAAGAAGAGAAGAAUGUUCUUUCCUUCAUAUAGUAAUCAAAGAUGAAAAUUAUUGUGUCGUUUUAGUAUGUAGUUAUAAUUGCUCUCAUUUGUGAAGCCAGAACAAGUUUUCAAGAAUAAAUUACA